AUGACGGCGAUCAACAAACUGGGCGACGACCUCCUCGUCGAAAUCCUCAUCCGCAGCUUCCCAAACCCUAAACCCGCCUGCCGCUCCAAGCUCGUCUGCAAGCGGUGGCGCUCUCUCAUCUCCCAUCCCGUCAUCUUCAACCGCCGCUUCGUCGCCCACCACAAGACCUCAAACGAAGCAUCACCGCCGCCAUUCAUCGUCACGCCAUCUCCCCCCUCAACGACUUUCCGCCACCACUACCCUUCCCUCACCUUCCUCCCCGUGCCCGACCAACUCGGCCCGCAUUUCAGAGUCUGGGAUUCCUUCAACGACUUGCUUCUAUGCGGGUUUUGGGGCGACGGAAUUGACAAAGCAAGAGGAUUGUUGGGGAGAUUUUACUUGGUCUGCAAUCCGUUUACGAAGCAAUGGGUCGCCCUUCCUCUGGCCCCCGAGAGGCCAUUUGGUGGGACGGAUACGUUCGUCGCUUGGCUAGCUUGCGAACCCGUUAACUCUACCACUCUUGAUCUAGGAGGAGGGGAUCGUCGUGGUCUUCGAUCUCAUUAUUUCGAGUAUCGCUUUCGAGUGGUAUGCAUGUAUCUACAACAACACAGAGAAAUGAGAGCGGACGUGUUUUGUUCCGAGUCGGGAGAGUGGACCACCCUACUUCCUCCUCCUCCAACGAUGGCGGCGAUCAACAAACUGGGAGACGAUCUCCUCGUCGAGAUUCUCAUCCGCAGCUUCCCAAACCCUAGACCCGCCUGCCGCUGCAAGCUCGUCUGCAAGCAUUGGAACUCUCUGAUCUCCGAUCCCAUCAUCUUCAACAGCCGCUUCGUCUCUCACCACAAGAGCAUCAACGAAGGUUCAACACCGCCAUUGAUUGUCACGCCAUCUCCCCCUUCAUCAACGUUCCGCCAGCACUUCCCCUCCCUCAGCUUCCUCCCCGUCCCCGACGAACUCGGACCGGAUUUCAGGAUCUUGGAUUCCUUCAAGGACUUGCUUCUGUGCGGGUUUGGGGGCGAUGGCGUCAGCGUAAGGAAAGGAUUGGGGAGGUCUUACUUGGUCUGCAAUCCGUUCACAAAGCAAUGGAUCGCCCUUCCUCUGGCUCCUGAGAGGCCAAGUAUGAUGAAUGCUUUCCUCGCUCGGUUAGCUUGUGAACCUGUUAAUACUACUAGCCUUGAACCAGAAGACGGUGGUGGUGGAGGAGGAGAUGAUUCUCAUUCUUAUUCUGAGUAUCGCUUCCGAGUGCUGUGCAUGCAUCUAGUGCACGCGGAUUCUGUAGCAGACGUGUUUUGUUCGGAGUCGGGAGAGUGGACCAGGAAUGCUCUUGUUCGGAACACGAGUAGUUCG